UCUUUUUUUUUUUAAAUUAUCUCAUGCUUCCUAUAGUAUACACAACUUCCUACAUCAAUUAUCCAUAACUCAAUCUUUAAUAACUUUAUCCAAUUCCAACUUAAUACUAUAAUAUGAUUCCAACAAAAAUUAUGUGUGAUUAAACGUGUCAAUUCCCUGAGAUUAUUUUGAAUGAAGAAGUUUCAGAAAAUACUGAUUCAAAUCACUAAAUUUAUUCUAAAGAAACCUUAGUAUUGCAAGAACUUAUUCUACUCUUAAAAUAUUUAUCAAAGAAUAUUUCCUUACUUAAAGAUAAGGCUUUUGAAAAUUUUGCAAGUUAGAAUUUGAAAGUAUAUCAUAUAUAUAUCAAAAUAGAAUCUAAUAUCAUAAAAUUGUGACAUACCUAAUAUUUUAAAGAAGAGAUAUAUAUAAGUUAAUAAAACUAAAGAAGAAAUGACAAAAUUCAUUAUUAGAAGAUGUUUUCAAUUUAUUAAAACAGAAAUCAAUUAUUAAGAAAAAGAUAAUCUUGGAGCUGAAGAAAGAGACAAACUUUUUUAUCAUACAUUCUUUUCUAGUGAUAAUGAAUUUAUGAAAACACUUGACAAUGAUACCAUUGAUGAUCUCAUACCUUUUAGAAAAGAAUCAAAACUUAAAACUAUUAAUGAUGCUUAUCUAAAAUAACUUUUCAGAUCAUCCAAAUUUUCUGCUUAUUAUUACAAAUUUUUAAGUAAAAAUAAUUCAUUUAAUUUCAUAGCUUAAUUUUCAACUAUUUAUUAAAUUGAAAAUGAAGAGAAAAUUCAAAAAAUGGCAAAAUAAAUUUUAUAAAUAAUCUUUACAAGAGAUUAUGAUGUAAAAUAUUUCUUAUUUAUUUUUAGAAAAUCAAGGUUUAUAGAAGAUUUCCUUGGAAAGAUCAUGAAUUCCUUAAGUGUGAAAAUAGAGCAUAAGAAAUCUAUUCUAAAUAUCAUCCUUAAAAAAUAAGUAUUUAAAUAAAAUUAUUGAUUUUAGAAAAUGAAAAGAAAUUUUUGAAAAAGGAAUCAAUUAAAUUAGAAAAAAUUGAACUAUCUGAAUCUAUAUCAUGAACAUUAUAAAAAUAAAACCAU